AUGACACGUACGCUGAAGCUUAUACAAGGCUUGACAGCACUGCUCCUGGUGGCUGGAGCGUCCAUGUUGCGGGCGGCGGCGGCGCCGUGUGGCCAGGAGGCGUCGGUGACGUGCAGGGACGGCAGCACACCUGGCGGUGAGACGUGCAAGGUGUGCGCACGGACGACAGGUGACAAUGCUGGAGAUGAACAGGGAGUACUUGGAGCGUUGGCUUCGCUGUCGUGGAUCUUCACGGAGAACGGUUUCACCAUCUAUGAAAGCAUCAUCACGUUUUGGUCCAAUGGCGAGCCUGUCCCGGUGGACAGUAUGGACCUGUACCUACCCGAGAAGACCAUGCCACUUGGAGUCUUUCCUCUACAGCUGAGCGUUACUAUGACUACGACUUCUGUACCGCGCGUCAUCGUCGGAGCUCUUCAGACCUGGGUCCAGUUCCUCCCGCUGCCGAUCAUUGCUCUACACGGGGUUAUUCGCACUGAUCGGCCUGUGCACUCGAUGUCAACAAACCAUCUGGGUUUUUAUGUCUACACCUGGGAGUCCUAUGAUCAGGAGGGACUGGUUGAUGCCAGUGAUUUCAGCUCCAGCUGGACGUGUGAACCGGUCAGGCUGCCGGAUCCGGCCCUCUUCAGCACGCCGUCAGUCUGUAACUCCAUCUAUGGCCCUGUCACGGAGGAGGCUCCUGGACACUUCUACCUGCGUCGCAACACUGAUCGCAUGUUCAACAUCACUUUCGUGUUCACGUUUGAGGUCAGGGCGACGGGACGUGAACCUGCGUAUGCCUCCAUGUAUGUCCACACUCCGGAAGUACUGUGGGGAAGGAUCUUCACGGUCAAGUGA